AUGACUUAUAAUCAAACGAUAAUCUAUUUCGAAGGACGAGCUAUCAAUCCACGUGAGGAUCCAUUAAAUGAAAGGGGGUUAGUUAGCACAGAACUUUCUGAUCUGCUUUUAUGCUCGAAGUUCCAAGAAUCGUUAUUGCAGGCAACGAAAGAAUUACAUUCAUUGACGGAACGCAUAUCACAGUACAGAACACCGGAAGUUACGCAGGAAACUGUUGCAUUUGAAUUACCUCAAAUGAUGAGGUUCCUGGUUGAUAAAAGGGAACAUGCGAGAAGAGUAUACAGAGAAGCGUUAAGAAGGAAAGUAUCUGCGGAAGGCUGGGAUCUUGAAGAUUUGUUUCAUGAACUAGAAGAAGAACUAUUCAGGAGCGAGGAAGUGCUUUCUUUAUAUCCAAGACGGGGUACUUUCCAUUGA